UAUUUUGUUUAUUAUAAUUUAGUAAUUAUAAGAUUUAACAUUGAGUUUAUAUUUUAAAAGUAAAUAGAGUUAAUGGUGAUUGAAUAACAGCAUGAAUGGGCGCAAAUAAGAAAUGAGUAAAAUUAUCAAUCCUGAUUGUUUUGAUUUGGUUUGGGAGGUAUAUGAUAUUAUUCGAACAAUUAAAGACCCUGAAAGAGUUGAGACACUAGAAGAAUUGCACAUUGUUAGUAAAGACCUUGUUCAAGUUAACCAUUAUUUUGAUCAAAGCAUUAGUAUAAAGGUGCAAUUUGUGCCUACUGUACCUCAUUGUUCUUUGGCUUCUUUAAUAGGGUUAUGUAUUUAUGUGAAGUUGCAAGAAAAUCUUCUUUGUAAUUUUAAGCUCGAUAUCAACAUAAAAGAAAAUACACAUUAUAAAGCUGACGCAAUUAACAAGCAAAUGAACGAUAAAGAAAGAGUUGCUGCUGCGUUAGAGAAUCCUGAUGUAAUGAAGAUUGUCAAACAAUGCAUCUAAUAUCAAAUUUAUUUUUAUAAUAAUAUUAAAAGAAUAAAAUUCAUAUCAAUCCAAA